AUGACGCAGACUAAGCGCCCGAACAUCCUGUUCAUCAUGUCCGAUGAUCAUGCGGCCAAGUCGAUCUCGGCGUACGGCGCGGGCAUCAAUCACACGCCGCACCUCGACCGUCUGGCGCACGAGGGCAUGCUCUUCAACCACUGCUACGUGACAAACAGCAUCUGCACACCCUCCCGGGCCGCCAUCCUGUGCGGGACGCACAACCAUACGAACGGCGUGUUCACACUCGACAGCAAACUCGACAGCAACCUCCCCAACGUUGCCAAGCAGCUGCGCGCACACGGCGGAUACCAGACCGCCAUGGUGGGCAAAUGGCAUCUCGGCGAGGGGGCAGCACACGAGCCGAGCGGCUUCGAUUACUGGGAGGUGGUGCCGGGACAGGGACUGUACCACGACCCUCAGUUCAUCGGGUCGGACGGCAUCCACACGGAGAAGGGGUACGCGACGGACAUCAUCACGGACAAAGCGCUCAACUGGCUCGAAGCACGGGAUCAGGAGAGGCCGUUCUUCAUGAUGCUGCAUCACAAAGCGCCGCAUCGCCCUUGGGAAUGCGAUCCCAAGCACCGUGAUCUGUACAAGGAUGAUAUUCGGUUGCCGGAUACGUUCACCGACGACUACAAGAACCGCCCCAAGGCAGCGGGCGUGGCCAAGAUGAAGGUCGCGAUGGACAUGACGUACCAAGACCUUGGCCUGUCGCAGCCAGAGGGCGGAGAGGAGGUCGGCGAGCUCGUGAUGCCUGGUUAUUGGGAGCGCAAGAUCCCGUUCCCGGACUCGGACGCGGGCGUGGCGGCGAUGCGCCCACUAAUCGACCGCGAGACGGGCGAGCGAUUCACUUUCAAGACGCGUGAGGCCCUCGCCCGCUUCAAGUACCAGCGGUACAUGCAGCGGUACCUCCGGACGGUUCAGUCGAUCGACGACAACGUCGGCCGGGUACUCGACUACCUCGACGCCCAGGGACUCGCAGACAACACGAUGGUGCUGUACACCUCGGACCAGGGAUUCUUCCUUGGCGAGCACGGGUGGUUCGAUAAGCGCUUCAUCUACGAGGAGAGUUUCCAGAUGCCUCUGCUCAUCCGCGCCCCGGGCAUUACGGCCGGGAGCGUCUGCAACGACAUUGUGAGCAACGUCGACUUUGCAACGACGUGGCUUGACUUUGCGGGUCUUCGCAUCCCGAGCUACAUGCAAGGUGAGAGUUUUGUGCGUUCCCUCUCCGGCGAGGAGUGGCAGGGCUCGGACGCGGUCGCAUACCAUCGCUACUGGAUGCAUGCCGACGAGAACCACAACGCGUACGCGCACUACGGUAUUCGUGACCGACGGUACAAGCUCAUUUUCUGGUACAACGACGGCCUUGGGUUGCCUGGCACAGGUCCGGCGGACGCUGAGAAGGAGUGGGAGCUGUUCGACUGCGUCGCCGACCCACUGGAGAUUUUCAAUAUCUGGGACGAGGGCGAGUAUGCCGACGUACGUGAGCGCAUGCUGCGCCUACUCGAGGCCAAGAUGGAGGAUAUAGGCGACGUGCCCGCGCACCCUGUCGGCAUGCUGGCCGAGGAGCUGCGAGCCAUGUAUCCUUCCGGCGCGGGGUUGUCUGUCAAGGCUGGGGCGUUUAACAUGUAG